AUGAGCACAAAGGAAACUGGUGCCGGCCAUUGGCCUAUCUCGUCAUGGGCAACAGAAACAGAUGCCUACACCGAGAAGCCUGAAGAUCAUCCAGGAGCUACUCCUAGCUUUGCCUCAGACUCCACAUCUUAUCAUCUAGACGCGAAUAACGUAGACGUCGAUACCAGUCCAACGAAUAUCAACUAUAUUCCUCCGCAUUAUAACUUAGAUUAUCAUAUCAGUACCGUUUCUUUGGCACCACCACUCCGAUCAAUGGGACAGCAUUGGAACAUGACCACCGUUAGUGCGUCUGGCAGGCAUGUUCAUGACGUCGAAGAGCCACCCCAGCUGUUCCAAGUCGGAGAUCAACAGUACGAUUUCAACAUUGCUCGGCUGAGUGCUAACACGGAAAGUCUCACUGCUGGAAGGAGUGAGAUAGGGGUUGGGUCGACACUCGUGGCCUCAAACCCCCUCGAAGCCACAGGUCCGGGUCUGGAGCCGUUCAUCAUUCCGGCCACGCAUCCUGAAGCACCGACUUCUGAGGUCUCGAAUGGCAAUGCGCCUCAACCAACACCAGUCAAGCAACCUCAAACACGGCAGUCAUAUGUUCGGCGCCCAAGGGCCAUACAUGCGAAGCUCUACGCAUGUGGCAUAAGUGAUUGUGGGAAGACUUUCACUCUUGAACGAGACCUCGCACGUCAUCAAGUCUACAGUCAAGCGCACAAAGAGUUCAGAAGCUCUGAGGCGUGGUUUUGCCACGACGAAGGCUGCAAGAAGUUUGGCAAGUCUUUCACUCGUCGUGAUAACUACCAGAGACACGUCCGAUCGCUUCAUGCAAAACUGGGUAGUGCUCGACUUGAAGCGACGACAGACUGAAAUAUCACCAUGUUGUCCAGAUAGCAUGUUCUGUUCGAGGGUUGGGUAUGAUAUUUGUGGGGAAAAAAACCGGCGGGAGACUAC